AGGGAAUCCGGAAGAGCCGUGGACGGGGACGCGCUUUCUUCGGCUGUUGUUGUCCAGUCGGCUCUAUCCCGGUUGCGCGCAAAGGGUAAAAAGGGCGGCGGGAGCGCGCAGUGUUGUGCUGCGCAGAGCCGGAGUGGCGGUGGCCCCAGGAUGGAGGAAGAUAUAUUGACCACCCUGAAGAUCCUGAUCAUCGGGGAGAGCGGGGUGGGCAAGUCCAGCCUCCUGUUAAGGUUUACAGAUGACACAUUUGACCCAGAACUUGCAGCUACCAUUGGUGUCGACUUCAAGGUGAAAACGAUUUCUGUGGAUGGUAAUAAGGCGAAACUGGCUAUAUGGGACACUGCCGGACAAGAACGCUUCAGAACACUAACGCCCAGCUAUUACAGAGGUGCACAAGGUGUUAUAUUGGUAUAUGAUGUCACAAGAAGAGACACAUUUGUAAAGCUGGACAACUGGUUAAAUGAGCUGGAGACAUAUUGCACAAGAAACGACAUAGUAAAAAUGCUGGUUGGAAACAAGAUAGAUAAGGAUAACCGAGAAGUGGACAGAAAUGAGGGACUCAAGUUUGCACGAAAGCACUCAAUGUUGUUCAUAGAGGCCAGCGCAAAGACCAGAGACGGAGUCCAGUGUGCCUUUGAAGAACUUGUGGAAAAGAUAAUACAGACUCCUGGACUAUGGGAAAGCGAAUCUCACAACCGAGGUGUUAGAUUGUCCUCUGAAGAAGGUGGCAGGGCAGGAACGUGUGGCGGAUACUGCUCCAUGCUAUAAAAUAGUUGUACUGUCUUCCUAUGAUCUGCGUAUAGUCAUACCUGUUUUCCUGUAUAUAAAAUCAUUUACAGUUAAUAUAGGGACCUUACCGGUUUGCACAUAUUUGUUUGUAUCAUGAGGCAAAUCUUUGUAAACUAUCGUUCAGCAAGUUUGCAGUCCGAAACUUUAAGCGCAUGAAACUCUUGACUUUUUACCAGUGGCAUGAACGAAAGCGCGUUAGCAGAUGCAUUAACUUCCACCAGUUCAUGUUGUACUUUUUAAUUUUCUUACAUUGCAGCAUAUUUCUAUAUUCUGUAGCGAAGUCUAAUUUGUCCCUCCCCCUGUUUCUUAUGUUGCUCUGAGCCGUACGGUUGUGUCUUCUGUUAUCUGAGUGUAACACGAUCCCGGCGUAACCGUUGCUGAAGACGACCCCUCGCUUGUCUCCAGAUGCACACAGAAGCAUGUUCCAGCAGACGUCUUUUUAUCACUUUGCCAACAUAUUAGCAUUUUUCUCUGGUACUGUAGGUAAUAACCACCGGUAUAUGGGGUCAUCACUUUUCCACACGUCUUCUGAAUGUGGGUUUAUAGUCAAUGGAGGAGUCAUACCUGAAUUUCCAGCAAUUGCUUCCUCUCAGAAUUAAGUGUUUCAUGUUCCUGUAACCAGAAUAUUGUCUUCCCAUUGCAUGUUGUGACCAGUAUUUUAUUUUUCCCCUCUCUGAUUUACCAUCUAUUACACUGAAUGUAAAAACAAUAGAUAUUUUUCCUGUGGCUUC